CGUCCUGCAACGUACUACUUGGACCUAGCUUCGCGACGACAUCGAUCGAUCGCCGGCGCCAUGGCUCGGGCGACGAAGUUGCACGGGCUACUGCUCGCGGUGCUGCUCCUCGCGGCCACGCUGGCUCCCCCGGCCGCGGCGGCGGCGGCGAAGGAGAAGGGCUCCGGCAACGGCAACGGCGGGCCGGUGAUCGGCAUCGACCUGGGCACGACCUACUCGUGCGUGGCCGUGUACCGGAACGGGCGCGUGGAGAUCAUCGCCAACGACCAGGGCAACCGCAUCACCCCCUCCUGGGUCGCCUUCACCGACUCCGGCGAGCGCCUCAUCGGCGAGGCCGCCAAGAACCAGGCCGCCGCCAACCCGCUCCGCACCGUCUACGACGCCAAGCGACUCAUCGGCAGGCAGUUCGUCGACGCCGAGGUGCAGCGGGACAUGAAGCUGCUGCCGUUCAAGGUGGUGGACAAGAACGGCAAGCCGCACCUCGAGGUGGAGGUCAAGGCCGGCGACGUGCGGACGCUCAGCCCGGAGGAGGUCAGCGCCAUGGUGCUCACCAGGAUGAAGGAGACGGCCGAGGCGUAUCUCGGCGAGAAGGUCCGGGACGCCGUCAUCACCAUCCCGGCCUACUUCAACGACGCGCAGCGCCAGGCCACCAAGGACGCCGGCGCCAUCGCCGGCCUCAACGUCGUCCGCCUCAUCAACGAGCCCACCGCCGCCGCCAUCGCCUACGGCCUCGACAAGGUGGCCGACGGGAAGGAGCGGAACGUGCUCGUGUUCGACCUCGGCGGCGGCACCUUCGACGUCAGCGUGCUCGCGCUAGACGGCGGCGUCUUCGAGGUCCUCGCCACCAACGGCGACACACAUCUCGGAGGCGAGGACUUCGACCAGCGCGCCAUGGACCACUUCAUCCGGCUCGUCAAGCGGAAGCACGGCGUCGACAUCUCCGGCGACGCGCGCGCGCUUGGCAAGCUCCGCCGCGAGUGCGAGCGCGCCAAGCGGGCGCUCAGCACCCAGCUCCAGGUCCGCGUGGAGGUCGAGUCGCUGGCCGACGGCGUCGACCUGUCGGAGCCGCUCACCCGGGCCCGCUUCGAGGAGCUCAACGCCGACCUCUUCCGCAAGGUCAUGGCGCCCGUGAAGAAGGCCAUGGCGGACGCCGGGCUGGCCAAGGGCGACGUCGACGAGGUGGUGCUGGUCGGCGGCAGCACGAGGAUCCCCAAGGUGCAGCAGCUCCUCCGCGACUACUUCGGCGGCAAGGAGCCCCACAAGGGCGUCAACCCCGACGAGGCCGUGGCCUACGGCGCGGCCGUGCAGGGAGGCAUCGUGCGCGGCGACGCCAAGGAGGUUGUGGUGCUGGACGUGACUCCGCUGACGCUGGGCAUCGAGACUGCCGGCGGCGUGAUGACGAGCGUGAUCCCCCGGAACUCGCCGAUCCCGACCAAGAGGGCCAAGAUGUUCACCACGUACGAGGACAGGCAAACGACGGUGACCAUCACGGUGUUCGAGGGCGAGCGGAGCAUGACCAAGGACAACCGGCUGCUGGGCAAGUUCGACCUCACCGGGAUCGCGCCGGCGCCGAGGGGCACGCCGCAGAUCGAGGUGACGCUGGAGGUGGACGUGAACGGCAUCCUGCACGUGGGGGCGGCGGACAAGGGCACCGGCCGGUCGGAGAAGAUCGAGAUCAGCAGCGCCGGCCGCAGCAUCAGCCAGGAGGAGAUCGAGCGCAUGGUGCAAGAGGCGGAGGAGUUCGCCGAGGAGGACAGGAAGGUGAGGGACAAGGUGGACGCGCGGAACAAGCUGGAGGCGUACGUGUACAGCGCCCGCACGACGGCCGACGGCGAGCUGGGGGCCAAGAUGGACGCCGACGACAGGGAGAGGGUCAAGGAAGCGGCAAGGGAGGCCGGCGAGUGGCUAGAAGCUAACCCGGAGGCCGACAAGGACGACUACGCAGAGAAGCUCAAGGAGCUGGAGGAUGUCUGCAGCCCCGCCUUUGCCGCUGCCUACGGGAACGCCGGCGGUGGUCAUGACGACGACGCCGAGGAGGACAACGACCACGACGAGCUUUAGAUUUUUACUACUAGGAGAUAGGAGAUUUAAUUUUUUCUUACCUUAGUACUGGUGCAUAAGAUUAGACUUGAACUACGUACUUGCUGAUCAACGGCCAAGGUCAGAAAUCUUGUUGAUUGUUUGUGUGUUUGAUUAAUACAGUAUAAUAUACACGGUACAUUUGCUUAA